CUCGGGUUCCGGACAGGCCCCUUGUGACGUGGCCGCGCGCCGGGGGCGGCCCCGGGCCGGGGGCCGGGCGGCCGGGCGGCUGGGCAGAGCCUGGGCGGGGCGCGGCACCGCAGCUGGAUGGCCGGGGCCGCCCGGAGCGCCGCAGCCGCAGGAAGGUGAGGCAACUGAGGCAGGGACGUCACCAGCUCAAGGUCACAGCCAGCCUGAGGCAGGGCAGACCACAUUUAAACCUCAUGCCCAAGUUUCCAGAUGGAACUUCUCGCUUGGUUGACUCACGUCUGCAUCCUGUGAUCGGCCGGCUGGGCACAUUCCUGCUGCAGGGAGCUCCAGGCCUUCCCUGGCACAGUACGUGGCAUGCCUGGAUGUCCCUGCCCUGGCUGUGGCAUGGCGGGCCCAAGGCUCCUCUUCCUCACCGCCCUGGCCCUGGAGCUCUUGGGAAGGGCUGGGGGUUCCCAGCCGGCCCUCCGGAGUCGGGGGACUGCGACGGCCUGCCGCCUGGACAACAAGGAAAGCGAGUCCUGGGGGGCUCUGCUGAGCGGAGAGCGGCUGGACACCUGGAUCUGCUCCCUCCUGGGUUCCCUCAUGGUGGGGCUCAGUGGGGUCUUCCCGUUGCUCGUCAUUCCCCUAGAGAUGGGGACCAUGCUGUGCUCAGAAGCUGGGGCCUGGCGCCUGAAGCAGCUGCUCAGCUUCGCCCUGGGGGGACUCUUGGGCAAUGUGUUUCUGCACCUGCUGCCCGAAGCCUGGGCCUACACAUGCAGCGCCAGCCCUGGUGGUGAGGGGCAGACCCUGCAGCAGCAGCAGCAGCUGGGGCUAUGGGUCAUUGCUGGCAUCCUGACCUUCCUGGCGUUGGAGAAGAUGUUCCUGGACAGCAAGGCGGAGGGGACCAGCCAGGCCCCCAACAAAGACCCCACUGCUGCUGCCGCUGCGCUCAAUGGAGGCCACUGUCUGGCCCAGCCGGCCGCAGAGCCCGGCCUCGGUGCCGUGGUCCGGAGCAUCAAAGUCAGCGGCUACCUCAACCUGCUCGCCAACACCAUCGACAACUUCACCCAUGGGCUGGCUGUGGCUGCCAGCUUCCUUGUGAGCAAGAAGAUCGGGCUCCUGACAACCAUGGCCAUCCUCCUGCAUGAGAUCCCCCAUGAGGUGGGCGACUUUGCCAUCCUGCUCCGGGCUGGCUUUGACCGAUGGAGCGCAGCCAAGCUGCAACUCUCGACAGCGCUGGGGGGCCUGCUGGGCGCCGGCUUUGCCAUCUGUACCCAGUCCCCCAAGGGAGUAGGCCCGGGAGGCAGGGAGCAUACGCAGUGCCCUGGGUGCCCAGUCGGGUGUUCUCCCGCUGCAGAGGAGACGGCAGCCUGGGUCCUGCCCUUCACCUCUGGAGGCUUUCUCUACAUCGCCUUGGUGAACGUGCUCCCUGACCUCUUGGAAGAAGAGGACCCGUGGCGCUCCCUGCAGCAGCUGCUUCUGCUCUGUGCGGGCAUCGUGGUGAUGGUGCUGUUCUCGAUCUUCGUGGAUUAACCUUCCCUGAUGCCCUGACGCCCCUGCCCCCUGCAGCAAUAAGAUGCUCGGAUUCACUCUGUGACUGCAUAUGUGAGAGGCAGAGAGGGCGAGUGCCUGCGAGACAGAAUGAGCCUCCCACCAGACAGGAGGGAGAUGUGCGUGGAUGUGUGUGAUGUGCACAUGUGGCCAGAGGCAUGUGUGGGAGACCGACACUGUGAUCCCUGUGCUGGGUCCGGGGCCCAGUGUAGCGCCUGUCCCCAGCCAUGCUGUGGUUACCUCUCCUUGCCACCCUGUCAUCUUGCACCUCCCGGAGUGAAGCAGCGAGGAACAGCAGCACUGGUCCCAAGCAGAGGCCUUGCCCUGCCGGGAUCCUGGGAGUGAGAGCAGCCCAAGGAUCCCAGGGUGCAGGGAACUCUGGAGCUGCCCACCUCCUGCUGCCCCCUCUGCACACGCAGCCAGUCCCCAGGCGGCCUAGGGGCUAAAGCUGGGGCGGCUUCUCUCCCUUUUCCUGGCCCUUCCUUUCCCACCUCUAAACCAAAGAAAGGAGAAGCAGGUGCUCGUGUACCCCAGCCCCACUCAGCACUGACAGUCCCCAGCUCCUAGCAGUGAGCUGGGAGGCGCUUCCUAAGACCCUUUCCUCAGGGCUGCUGGCCCUGGGAGCUCAUUCCUGGUCAACACACCCUGGCAGCACCAGCAGCUCAUGCCACCUCCAGCUGCCAAAUAGCAGCCUGCUGGGCAGGGAGCAGCCGCAGGCCAGAGAGGGCUCCUGGUCCAGCUCAGGGACGCUCCUGCCAGCACAGGGGCCAGGGACUCCUGGAGCAGGCACAGAGCGAGCCCAGGCUGCUCUCCCCAGCUCAGGCCCCUUUCCUUCCCCACUGGGGUUGGGGUAGGUGGGGGCGGUGAGGGCUCCGAGUUGUCAGCGCUCAGGAAUGUGCUCCGGGAGAGUGCUGAAGCCAUAAUCCCCAAGCAUUUCCCUUGGCUGACGCCCAGGUACUCAGCUGGCCCACUGCACAGCCAGGCCUAGCCCUGCCCUUGACCGUGGAUGUUUUCAGAAGUGGCCAUCGAGAGGUCUGGGUGGUUUUAUAGCAACUUUGCUGUGAUUCCGUUUGUAUCUGUAAAUAUUUGUUCUAUAGAGGAUACAAAUAAAUAUUAUCCACACA